GAAACGGUAAUCCGUAAACGGGUAAACCUUCAUGACUCCUACUCUCCUGGUAACUUUUGUCUCAUGUGACUGCUCAAGAAUCUCUGUCCGAGAAUGGCGAAGUACAGCAGAAUACCACUUGCUUAAAAAGAAGCACACUCCACUUUGGUUUGGAUACCGUUUUGGUUCCCCAGAUCUUCACUUGUGUUCUUCCUUGCUGAACAUCUUUAGAGUGUGUUUGGGAGUGUAAGAAGAUGGGGUCUGUAUCUCUGAAAAUUGGAGACGGAACAGCAAGAUUUAAGAAGAGGACUUCCCUUUGCUCAUCAGCUGUAAAUCUUCUCAUGAUCUUCUCUGUACUCACUACAAAUCUCUUCGCUCUAUACGCUUUUACCCACCCACCUAGCAAGACCCACCAUCUUCUCCUUCACGAGACCCACAAGAGCAUCUCCGACCAUGUCUCCCUUAUCCUCAGUGAGAUCAAUUCGUCUCAGAAGAAGGUUGCCCAUAUCCAGAAAGAGCUCCUAGGCUACGAAAGCAUUGAUCUUUCCAAACCCAACAUCGCCCCUGAGCUGAGAAUGUUUCUUCUUCGUCACCAGCUUCCUCUGGGCAAAGAUUCAAGAACUGGGAUUACAACAAUGGUGGCUUCCGUGGGUCAUUCUUGCCAGAAAUCCAUCGAUUUGCUGUCGCAGUUCAUGAAAUAUAAGGUCAGCGGGCCUUGCCCAGACGAUUGGGUUCUGGGUCAAAAUCUGAUCUUGAAGGGCUGUCAGCCUCUCCCAAGGAGGAGGUGCUUUUCCAAGAUUACACCCAAAUCCGAUUUACAGCCUUUUCCCAUUUCUCUUUGGAAGACUAGUAGCGAAAAGAGCUAUAGUUGGAGUGGCCUUUCUUGCCAGAAUUUCUCCUGUUUGAAUGGUAAGAAAUUGAGCAUGGACUGUAAAGGUUGCUUUGAUAUAGUGUCUGGGUAUGAGACUCAGAGAUACGUUAAAGCUAGGGGUAAGAACGACUUUCUGCUGGAUGAUGUGCUUUCAAUGGGUGGAAAUGGUGGAAGAAUCCGUGUCGGGUUUGAUGUAGGUGGUGGCGGGUCUGGAACUUUUGCUGCUAGAAUGGCUGAAAGGAACGUCACUGUGGUGACUUCCACAUUAAACAUUGGUGCACCUUUUAAUGAGUUCAUAGCUUCAAGAGGACUUUUCCCACUCUAUUUGAGUUUGGAUCACCGGUUCCCAUUUUAUGACAAUGUGUUUGAUUUGGUUCACGCCGGGAACGGGCUUGAUAUUGGGGUCCAACCCGCAGAGAAAUUGGAGUUCUUGAUGUUUGACAUAGAUCGCGUUCUACGGGCAGGUGGCUUGUUUUGGUUGGAUAAUCUGUAUUGUUAUGGUGAUGAGAAGCGAAAGGCGUUGACCCAUUUGAUUGAGAGAUUUGGAUACAAGAAGUUGAAAUGGGUUGUAGGAGACAAGAGCAACGGGUCAGAGAAGCCUAAGGUGUACUUAUCUGCUGUCUUACAGAAACCAGCAAGGGUGUGAUAAUGAUGAUGAGGUAAUUUGACUAUUUGUGUAGUUCUUAUAUACAGCGUAGAAUAAGUGAGGAUAUGCAAGGAUUGUACUAUGAUAACUAACAUUGUUUUUAGCUAGGAUGAUGUAUGAUUCUUGAAUUCAUUAGACGGCUUGGAUUCUGUAAUCCUGCAAUGGUUAGUUAUGACAUGGAGAAUCUAGAACUUCAAAUCUAA